GUACGCGGUCGAAUUAGUCACUGUACGAGCGUGGAAGCGAUCGGUCGUUCGGUAUACUGUAUCUAUAGUUUACUGUGGGAAAAGUAACUCUCAAGUAAUAUUCGAUUUUUCAAAUACACUCGUCAAAUUCUGGAUUCCGCGCAGUGUGUCUAAAGUGCAAGUGCGGAAAAACUUCUGACAGUUCUUUUGUUGGGAAACAAUACAACUUAUUGGAUUGAAACAAAAAGAAAAUCAAACAAAUCGCUCUGGCGAUUGCCUGUUUUAGUUGAAUAUAAAAUACCAAAGAUGUUGGUAGAGUUGAAUUUUAAGCAGCGAAAUGCAACAAUCCUCGCCACUGUUUUGGUGGGGUUGGCAUUAGCAGCGAUAACCAUGUCAAAUCCUUUGAUAUGUGUUAUAUUCCUUGGACUAACUGCAUUGCUUAUAACAGGAAAUAGAACAACUUAUGUGUAUGCUGUAAUGGUAACGUUACCAAGGGACAUUACAGCUGCAUAUCGUUUUAUUAAAAUUCAAUACUUCCUCUAUAUGAAUGAAUGGAAACAAUACACAGUUCCACGAGUGUUUCAGACAUUCCUUGAAACACAUCCUGAUAAGGAUGGAUUUAUUAUGGAUAGCAAAACACUGACAUUUCAAGACAUUGAAGACUUUAGUAAUAAAAUUGCUUCCUAUUUCAAAUCGAAGGGUUUCAAGAGAGAAGACUCAAUAGCUUUGCUGAUGGAAACUAGACCAGAAUACUCUUGUAUUUGGCUGGGUUUGUCCAAAAUUGGUGUUGUCACAGCUUUGAUUAAUUCGAAUUUGAGGAAAGAAACUCUUUUACAUUCUAUUAAGGCUGCAAAAUGCAAAGCCAUAAUUUUUGGAGCUGAAAUGAGUUCAGCUCUUACGGAAAUUCUUGGAAAUGAGGAAAUCAAGAACCUCCAACUUUAUCAAUUCACUGAUGAUCAACAAAAAGAAGGUGUUGGAUUUCCAACUUUGGAUGGAGCUAUUGAUCUGUUUACAGAAAUUAAAUCACACACAGCAACUGACUUGACAGAAGAUAUUGCAGCGGGAAGACCGAAAGAUAAAAUGGUCUACAUUUACACUUCUGGUACAACAGGAAUGCCUAAAGCAGCCGUUAUAACUCAUCUAAGAUACAUGUUCAUGGGAGUUGCAGUUCACGAAAUGGUUGGUGUUCGAAGUGAUGACAUUAUUUACAACCCCCUUCCGCUCUAUCAUACAGCUGGUGGAAUAUUAGGAGCUGGCAAUGUCUUCCUUCAUGGCAACACAAUGGUUCUUCGGAAAAAAUUCUCAGCAACAAACUUUUGGACAGAUUGUAUCAAAUAUAAUUGUACAGUAGCUCAGUAUAUUGGUGAAUUGUGUCGAUACCUUUUGUCAACGCCGACAAAACCUGAAGACACAAAACAUUCGGUUAGACUGAUGUAUGGCAAUGGAUUGAGGCCACAAAUUUGGUCACAAUUUACAUCGAGAUUCAAUAUUGAGGAGAUUGGUGAGCUGUAUGGAUCAACUGAGGGAAAUUCUAAUCUGGCAAAUGUUGACAACCAAGUAGGAGCUAUUGGCUUCAUUCCAGUUUGGGGUGAAAAGAUUCAUCCUGUCUUGUUGAUCCGAUGCGAUGAAGAUACUGGCGAACCAAUUCGUGAUGCUAGUGGACGCUGCAUCAAAUGUAAGCCUGGUGAACCUGGAAUAUUUGUUGGCAAAAUAAACCCCAAGCGAGCUGUGAAUCAGUUUAGCGGUUAUGCUGACAAAAGUGCCACAGAAAAGAAACUCAUUCAUGAUGUCUUCCAAGAGGGUGACGUCUACUUUAACUCGGGAGAUAUUUUGGUCAAAGAUAUUUUAGGAUACUUUUACUUCAAAGACAGAAUGGGUGAUACAUUCCGUUGGAGGGGAGAGAAUGUAGCCACAUCGGAAGUGGAAGCCAUUAUUACAAAUGUUGUUGGACUCGAAGAUUGUGUAGUUUAUGGAGUUGAUAUUCCUCAUGUUGAAGGUAAAGCUGGUAUGGCAGGUAUAGUUGAUCCCGAUCGAAAAGUGGACAUGAAUCAGUUAUCUGCUGGAGUUCGUGGAAGUCUCCCAGUCUAUGCUCAGCCUCUUUUCAUUCGAUUACUUAACGAAAUGCCAAAAACAGCCACAUUCAAGCUUAAAAAACGUGAUCUGCAGUUGGAAGGAUUUGAUAUAACCAAAGUGAAAGAUCCGAUUUAUUAUUUGAACAAGGAUGGAAUUUAUCGUGAAUUGACACAAAGCCAGUUUGAUGAUAUUCAAAGCGGAAAAGCGAGAUUAUAAGAAAAAACAAACUGAUUUAUUCCUUAUAAAUGGAAUGAUUUGGAUUAGGUUUAAGUGUUAUAUAUACAUUUCCAACGAUGUGCUGUGCCUUUUUAAAUUUUAAAUUAGAAGAAAUUAAAAAAAAAAGAUGAACCAUAUCGCGCAAAUUACAACAAGUUCUGAUUUAUGUAAUUAUAUUUUUUUUUGUAAUUUAAAAUGUUUAAUUGUAAAGUUAUUGAUAGUUGUCUUUUGUUUUUGUUAUAAUGUAUGAAUAUUGAAUAGUUAAAGCUUAACGAUUCCAAAUAAAGUACUGAUUAGAAGAAUAAAUACAA